GCCAUCCUCCUCCAACAAAGGAUUAAAGGCGGGCCGGUUCCUGAGGGAACAUGUCUGCUCGCGAGUAGCAAUGUUGGCUUCUUCUUCGCUCGCUCUUAUGGAGGCGUUCUGGUGACUUUUAAACCAACAAAGAAGCACGACAAUUUAAAAAAACGCGCCAUGGUGGCGGGGGAGCUGGUGCAGGAGCAUGUGCGCGCGGACGCCUCACCUGAACGCAUCACCGUGGACAGGAAGCCACGAGAGGGAGCGGUCCAAGACAGCCUCCCAGCCGAUACCGGUGAGACUGGGCUGGACAAGGAGGUGCAGGAGGAGGCGGAUGAAAGCGCGGCGAUGCUGCCUGACGGAAUAGAGGGAGGAGAAGGAGCAAAAGAUGGAGGAGAGGAGGAGCUGGAGGACGGGGGGCGUCUGGAGACAAAGCUCUACUGGAGCCGCUUCGUGGUUCUGGCCGUAUUCAGCCUGUACUCGCUGGUCAACGCCUUCCAGUGGAUCCAGUACAGCAUCAUCACGAACGUGUUUACGCGCUUCUACCAGGUGAGCAACGCCAAGAUCGACUGGCUGUCCAUCGUCUACAUGCUGGCCUAUGUGCCUCUCAUCUUCCCGGCCACCUGGCUGCUGGACCGCCGGGGUCUGCGCCUCACGGCCGUGCUGGGGGCGGGCCUCAACUGCGCCGGCGCCUGGCUCAAGUGCGCCAGCGUGGGUCGCGACCUCUUCGCCGUCACCAUGGUGGCCCAGAUCAUCUGCUCCGUGGCGCAGAUCUUCAUCCUCGGCCUGCCCUCACGCGUCGCCUCCGUGUGGUUCGGACCCAAAGAGGUCUCCACCGCCUGUGCCACCGCCGUACUGGGAAACCAGUUGGGGGUGGCGAUCGGCUUCUUGUUGCCUCCCGUUUUGGUUCCCAACACACCUGAAGACGACGAGCUGACAGCUCAUAACAUCCGGAUCAUGUUCUACGGCACUGCCGCCGUCUCCACAGCACUCUUUGUUCUCACACUGAUAGUCAUGAAGGACCGGCCGCCCCUGCCGCCCAGUCAGGCCCAGGCUGUCCUACCCGACGCCCCCCCUGAGGACUACUCCUACAAGCGCUCCAUCGUCACCCUGAUGAAGAACAAAGCCUUCAUCCUGCUGCUCGUCAGCUACGGCAUAACCACGGGCUCCUUCUACUCGGUGUCAACAAUCCUCAACCAGAUGAUCAUGUUCUGCUAUAAGGAUCAAGAGUUGAAUGCUGGGAGGAUUGGCCUGACCCUGGUGGUGGCUGGCAUGGUGGGCUCCAUCCUCUGUGGACUGUGGCUGGAUCACACCAAGACCUACAAGAUGACGACUCUGCUGGUGAACAGCUUGACCUUUGUGAGCAUGGUGGUCUUCACCUUCACUCUGAACCUGGACAACAUCUACCUGGUCUUCUUCACGGGCGGCAUGCUCGGCUUCUUCAUGACUGGCUACCUUCCUGUGGGCUUUGAGUUCGGGGUGGAGAUCACAUACCCGGAGUCGGAGGGAACGUCGUCAGGACUCCUCAACGCUUCCGCUCAGAUAUUUGGCAUCGUCUUCACGCUGAUCCAGGGCAAACUGACCACAGACUAUGACCCACUGGCAGGAAACCUCUUCCUCUGCGUCUGGAUCCUCCUGGGAUUAGUUCUCACUGGCUUCAUCAAGUCGGAAUUGAAGAGACACAACGUGAACAUCAGCGUGGACGUCAAACAUCUGCAGGCGCUUCCUACUGAGUGUCCAUCAGAGAAGAAGACCAAUGGCAUCAAACUAGAACCUUCUCUCAGCUUCGCACGUGAGACCUCCCUCUAAACGGGUCCGACAAAGGAGUCCAACUGUCGGCACUGACUUUUCCUGAGUUUACUUGAAUGCAUUGCUUCCAUCCUUUUCAUCAAGGACACACAUAUACUUGUCCUACGGAGACGGGGGAGGCACCGGUCCGGUCUGGUCCGGUUCAGUCUCCUGUUUUGGUGUUGGAGCAAAACAUGUGAGUCCAACAUGUAGUCUGGAUGUCAACAAUGUACUACUACGCGCACAACUUUUUCUACCUGUAAACUUGCAUGCCGUGCGUGUAUGUGUGUGCGUGCUGGCGCCUGUGUGGAGAGCGCCAUCAUGUGGUGACAUAAAGCGCCACUCGAAUACGUCAUGCAGAAAAGAGGAACGCAGAAGUUACUUCAGACUUUUUUUUUUCUUUUUUACCUCGGAGUCUUCAAAGUUUCUGCUGAAUAUUUAAAUACACCCCAUCCUACUUUAAUAUUAGUAAAAAAUACGUUUUAUAUUAUUUUAGAGUAAGAAAGAACAUGAGAUGUUAACAUUCCCUUAUUUCAUGUGACAUCAAACUAGUAGAACGUAUGAAAGCAGAAUUUAUUGAUUAACUUGCAAAAGUUCAUUCUUAUUCAUGUUUUUUUCCCACUAAAACAAGUGAAGAAACGUGUUAGUAAAUAGGAAUAUAGCACUGGAAUUAUUAGAAGUAAAUUCAAUUAAACAAAAAUGGCACUGCGCAUUCCUACUGCAAUGCAACGCCAUGACUAACAACUAAUAUAUUGCUAACUUAUUAUUUAUGAUGAAUUAUCUAGGUCCAGGAAGUAGACUGGGCUAGAACAGGGGUGUUCAAAUUGUGGCACAUUCUGAAAAUAUAAUUUAACAAGAAAACUUUAAAAAAAAAAAAAAACAACAACAGCAAAAAUGGAAAUUGCAGCUGUGAUUAAAGAAUAAAGUCAAAAUAUUAAGAGAAAAAAGCUGAACUCUAACGUGAAAAUGUCCUAAUUUCACGAGAAUAACAGGAAAAUAACAUCAUUUUAGUAGCAUACAAUGGAAAUAUUAAAUAUAUUUUUAAAGACGUAAAGUUAUGAGAAACAAACAAAACUACAAAUAAAGUUGUGAUAUUUUGAAUAUUAGGAUACGGAACAAGUUAUAAUACAAGAAUAACGUCAAAAAAUUCCGAGAAGAAAGUUGAAAGAGUUGGAAAAUUCCUCCCCAAAAAAGUCGUAACGAUAAAAUAUCACAAAUGUAUGCGAACAAAAAAGUCGUAACGAUAAAAUAUCACAAAUGUAUGCGAACAAACCUGUAAUAUGAGGCAAAAUGUCAUUUUAGUAGCAUAGAGUUGAAAUAUUAAAGGAAAAAAAUAUCUGCAUUUUUUAAAGUAAUAAUAUGAGAAAGAAAAAAAAUAAGAGUAAGGGUGUAAUUUUUGGAAAAUUAGGUCAGGGAAAAAGUCAUAAUAUGAUGGAGUAAAGUCAUAAUUACAAGAAGAAAAUUUAGAACAAGAAACCUGAAAUAGGUAGAAAAUUUUACAAGAAAGCCAAAAUAUUAUGAGAGAAAAGUCAUCUUCUAAGGAGAAAAAAGUCACAAUUUUAUGAGACUGAAGUCGUAAUAUUAUGAGGAAAAAUAAUGUCAUUUUAGUAGCAUAGAAUGUAUAUAUUAAAGAAAAUAUGUUGGAACAAAAUAAAGAAUAACGUUGAAAAUUCGGUUGGGGAAAAAAGUAUAAACAUAUGAAUUAAAGUCGUAAUUAUGAGACGAAACAAUACUAGAAGAAAGUUGAAUAUUUGGAAAAUGCAAAACAAAAAAAAAAGACACAGAAAAAAUGCAAAAUUAGACCAAAGUUCAUAGUAAUAAUGCACUUUUCCACCCGUAUCACAAAGUUGAGAUGCAGGCUAUUUUUCCUUGAUGCAAACUAUCAAAAUGGCGCUUGUAUCCUUUCAUUUUUCAGUAUGUGGCCCUCGCUGGAAAAACGUUUGGACACCCCUGGUCUAGAAGCGCUGUAGUUGAAAUGUUUGUCGUUUAAAAACAUUUGUUGUCCAUUUGUUGCCUGUCAACUCUGCUGUUGGGAAUAGCAAAACGUGCUUCCGAAAUACUGGGCUCAUUGUCAGAUGAUGAUGUCAUUAAACGUCAGCUGACUUCACGUGGAACGUCUUCA